AUGACCGCCACACUGGGCGGCCUAAGCCUUCCGGGCGACGACCCCAACUACUUUCCCAAGCUCGUGGACCAGCAGUCGCCCGAGUUCCUCUGGACCGGUUUGCGUGGCAACAUUGUCAACCAAGUGAUCUCGACGGACCUCAACUACCUGUCUGUGAUCGAGUACGCGGUCAAAUUUCUCAAAGUCAAGCACAUCAUCGUGUGUACAAAAUGCGGCGGCGUCAACGCUGCCUUGUCCCAGGAAGAGUUUGGCCUUGUCGACAACUGGCUCCGUAGCAUCAAGGACUUGUACAUCGAGAACGCCCGGAAAUUUCUCGGUUCAAACCCAGACUACGAUGGCCGA